GAAGGGGGAUCUCUCUGUGUAGGCGACACACCCUCUGUUUCUCUCCUCGGGAUCCCAACCCAAUCCUCGCGACACACAAAAGCGCUUCCCGAUCCUCUCGCUCCUUUAAAAAGCGCUUCUCGUUUGGGCGCCAUUCCAACGCUAAAGCUCCCUCCUCUCCUCUCCCUCGCCCUCGCCCUCGCCCUCUCUCUCUCCCUCUCCCGCUUCCUCUGAUCUCUCUUAGCAAUCCGCCAUUUCUAGGGUUUCGGAGCUCUGAAUUUAGGGUUUCGUGAGCUGGUAGAGUGUGUUUCGCCGUCGCGAAGCUGAGUUACGCUGAAUUGGGAGAGUAAAGCCCUAGGAGAUGGGAUGCUUCGUAUCAACACAGAAAGAUGCAGGCGGAGUCAGAAGAAGGCCCAGCAAUAUUGGGGAGGUGGCUGUGUUUUUUCCAGGUUUACGAAUCCCUAGAGGUGUCGAGAUCUCUCAACCGUUGAGUGACAGCUUGCCAAGGAGUUUGGUGGAGCGACUUGCAGCUCUGAGGACUAGGAUAGUAGUCAUGGCUGCCCAGGAGGCACCGACUUUGACGAAGGCAAGGCGGAAGGCAGCCACACAACAUGGAGGCUCUACGGCAGCUGAUCUUCUUCAGGCUCUAGAAGACUACUUACCAGUUCUACUAGGACUUGUAAAAGAUGGUAGUAAGUUGGAAGACAAGCUGCAGUUUGUGUGGGUUAACCAGGAAGAUGAGGCAGAGGAAACGGCAAUGUCAAAUGCUUGGUAUGAGAUAUUGUCAGUUUUACACUUGAUGGCCAUACUAUGUUUUUCCGAAGCCAAUUUGUUGCUUCUUCCUAAAACAUCUAGUGAUGGGUACCAGCCAAAAGUAUCUGAAGAGAAUAGGCGAGCCUCCAUUGACAUUUUUUUGAAGGCAGCAGGGUAUUUGGAUUGUGCUAUUCGGCAUGUUCUUCCUCGUAUCCCUCCUGAACUAAGGAAAGAUCUCCCAAUAGACCUAACUGAAGGAGUACUUAAAGCUUUUCGCAUGCAAGCAUUGGGUCAGAGUAUCGAUAUUCAACUUGGAUUGGCGAUUGAUAGCCCCAAGGCCACACUAGCAGUCAAACGAAGGUUAGCAUGUGAGAUGGUCAAGUGCUGGCAACAGGCUCAGGAUAGCAUUGCAGAUCUUUCUCUUCCUGAUGGUUGGGGGAGGAAGCAUCGACUCUUCGUCCAGUGGAAAUGCUGUGAAGCAAAAGCAGCCGCAUACUAUUACCAUGGGCUCAUCCUUGAUGAAGGCAACACAGAGAAAUCUCAUGGCAUGGCGGUUGCUGCUCUUCAAGCAGCAGAGGAGUUCCUUAAAGAAAGCAAAAGGGCCAGUGAAGCCUUCAAUGCAACAGCUCCUUUGUCAAGGAGUGUGCCGCUGUGGGGGUCUAUGAAGUAUCUUUCAGAGAAGAUUCCGAAGGAUUCCUGCAGCAAGGUUCGAAUCAACAAGGACCUCUACAGUAACAAUGAGAGGGUUCUCGACACGGCACCAAACCUGCCAGACUUUGCGGUGGCUCUUAAACCGGAUGAUUAUCAACUACCCCCGGUGGAUCCAUCAUGGAAUGAUCAGAGAAGCAACUGACAGCAACCGGAGAUUAUGGAGCACUGGAACUUCAAGAAGUCCGCGAUGUGUCCUCUUGCAUCUGGGAGUAAUGCGUUGCCAAAGAGAAAGCUGAAGUGUGUAAUGUUGUUUGUAGAAUCAUUUUCGUUUGUUCAGCGUUACACUCUUAAUGGGAGAGUUUUGUCGUGUUUACGUGUCUUAUUUUAAUGUUGAUUGUAAAUUAUAAGAAAAAUCAAAGGAAAAAAAAACUAUUGUAAAAAACCAACCAAGAAAUAAAGAUUGAGAAGAUUUAGUUA